AUGCUGGGGACUUUUCUGUCUUCGACUCCUCUGCUGAAGGAGGCGUGGAGGGUGUGCAGCACCGCGAACGCCAUGGGGUGCGGUGCCUUCGUGGCGGAGCAAGUCGGGGGCGUGGGGUACGUGGCAUUCUCGGGCGUUCAAGAGAUGCCGGUGCUCGGUUGGGAUCCGAACUGCACCAUUCUGGCACCGCUGGAUGCAGCAGGCCACGGGCUGUUCCCGCCGCUGACACGCUGUUACGAAGGCGAAGAGCCGUUCAUGGUCCACUCCGGAGUGCUUCACCGCUUCCUCCAUUAUCAUUCGCGCAAUGAUCUUCAGAGCCAGAUCUCGUUCUCCUACGUUUCCAUUGCUUUCUUUCGUUUGCACUCCACCCUUCCAUCGCUCUCUCCCUCGCGACAGCUGCUCCUCACUAGACUGCGCUCUUCGCUCGCUCGUGCUCAUUCUCUGCAGAUUCAUAGCUUGCUGGCUGAAACCAAGUCAAUAGUGAUCACAGGCUAUUCCAUAGGAGGAUCAGUCGCAUUCCUCACGGCUCUUUGGCUCCUCUCCUACCUCAAAUCCAUCUUCCCACCCCAGUCGGUCCAAUGCAUUGGUUUCGGCUCUCCUUUCAUCGGCAGCGAGUCACUUUCCCGAGCCAUCCUCCGCGAAAGAUGGGGUGGCAGCUUCUGCAAUGUUGUGUUGACGCACGAUAUAAUGCCAAGGUUGUCUCUCGAGCAAUCACUUGUUCUGACUCCCCUGUGGCAAACCCUCAUAAGAUUCUGGUACACGUCUAUGAUAUCAUCAACCUCUAUGAAUUUUGCUAACCUCCAAUUAACUGAAGAAGGCAAGGCCUGGUUAUUAUCCUUCGCUGUGGCCAACAUGGAGCACCUGGUACAGGCAGGGGAAGGCUCAGGAGGGAGGUUGUUUUGGCCAUUUGGGAGUUACUUGUUUUGUUCAUAUGAGGGCACAAUUUGUUUGGACAAUGCUGUAUCGGUCAACAAGAUGAUGCAUUUGUUGCUGAGGACAGGCUCUCGAAAUUGUAUUGUUGAGGAGCACCUUAAUUAUGGGCAAUAUGUUGAAAGACUGACUCGUCAGUCUUUGAAGAGAAUCUUCAUGGAAGGAGAUCCCCCUGAGUCAAGCUAUGAAGCAAGUCUUUCGAUGGCUUUGAACUCCAUAGGGACCUAUCAACAGGUAUCGAUUGCACUGAUGGCAAAAGAUUGCUUGAAGAUGGCGAGGCGAAUAGGGCCCUCACCGGACCAGAAUGCUGCUAAGUUAGCCAUUAGGCUAUCCAAAAUCGCCCCUUAUAGGUUGGAGAUAGAGUGGUAUAAAGCCUGUUGCGAUAAGUCCGCCGAGCAAAGAGGAUACUAUGAUCCUUUCAAGCAAAGGGGCGUCUCAAAGAGAGAGUCCCAUAUAAACAUGAACCGGAUCAUGCUCGCUGCCUUUUGGGAUGAUGUCAUAUGCAUGAUGGACAGGAACGAGCUCCCACUCAACUUUCACAGAAGUUUAGAAUGGGUAAUUGAGGAGUCGCAGCUCUAUAAGCUUCUUGUGGAGCCAUUGGACAUCGCAGAGUAUUAUCGGUCGGGGAUGCAUCGGAAGAAAGGCCACUACAUAAGCAAUGGAAGAGAGAGGAGGUAUGAAAUUUUGGAUCAGUGGUGGACUGAGAGAGUUGUUACCGAGAAACUGGGCAAUAGGAGGACCAGGUAUGCAAGCUCGACCCAAGACACUUGCUUUUGGGCAAGGGUGGAGGAUGCAAAGGAGUGGCUGGACAAAAUCAGGAGGAAGAGUGACCCAAACAACCUGGCUUUUCUUCGGGAGAGACUCAAUGAGUUUGAAGCAUAUGCAAUGAAGCUGGUUGAAGGAAAAGAGGUGUCUGCUGAUGUUCUGGCUAAGAAUUCAAGCUUUAGUUCAUGGUUAGAAGAAUGGACAGCAUUAAAUCGAACUGGCCUUACCCAACUGAUUCCAAGCUGGUUCACACAGAGAUCGAUUCGCUUCCUGGUACCAUGCUGGUUCACAUGGGGUCCGAUUCGCUUCCUAGUAAAAUAUUUAGGAAUUGGUCUUCAAAGGUUUGAUUUCCGGUUCCAUGUAGAACCAGUUUAAAAAAAAAAAAAACUAAGUUCUCAUAACUUUCAUGUCGUAGUCAAUAAAAAUAGGAAAGUCAGCAUGGAAAUCAAAAUCAAAACAAAGGGAUAGAUGUAAUAAAGACUUUCAGAAGAGAGGGGAGAAAAAUGCAUAUGAGCAUUCUUCAGCCUGCUCUUUGUGCAAUUUUAGACAUACUAUGUUACUUGCUUCAAUAUUGGUAAAAGGUAGUGGAAUUGAGGUUCAUGGUGAGAGAUAUGGCUUAACAACAGAAAAUGUACCUCCUGAUUUUAUAUUGGGAGGUAAUUGAGUGUUU